AUUAGGAUAACCCAAAACAUAUUAGAUGUACAGAAAUGAUUGUUAUAAGCAAGAAACAUUACGUUUCAACAAGAAGUACCUUUUUUUUUUCUUUUUCUUUUUUUUCUUCUUUUUUUUUUAAAGAGGAACAUGUACCUUUAAUGCUUUUGUCUUCUUUUAUUUGAUAAAUAAAACUUCUUAAAACUAAUACAUCUUUUUUUUCUCUCUCUCUCUUGCAGCGUGUGGUGAACCAUACGACGAGCACGAUGACGACACAGGCUCUUCCCACAUACCUCGUCACCACAGUCAUAGACGCGCCGUACGUCGUGAUGAAAGAAGGCGGCGGCUACGACGGCUUCAUGAUCGACGUGCUCAGCGCCAUCGCCGACAAGGUGGGCUUCCGCUACACGAUCCGGCCGAGGAGUGACGGCGUGUACGGCAGACAGGACGUCGACGGGCAGUGGACCGGCAUGGUCGGCGAGCUUAUCAGACACGACGCUGAUAUCGCAGUAGCAAACAUGGCGAUCACCUCAAGUCGUGAGCGAGUGGUCGACUUCUCGAAGCCGGUGUUGAUGGAGGGAGUCCGACUGUUGACGAGGAAGCCCGAGACCCCGGUGCCCGGACUCGGCCUGCUAGUGGAGCCGUUCGCCACCGAGCAGUGGUUCGCCAUCCUGAUCGCCUUCCUCCUCGUCAGCAUCCUCUUCGUCGUCAUCGGCAGGUUCAGCCCCUACGAGUGGACGCACGUCGUGCCCGGCAAGGACACGAGAGGCGCCAGACACAGCUUCGGCUUGAGGGACAGUUUUAUGUUCACCUUCAGUACUCUGACGUGGCAAGGAUACCGAGAACACCCUCGAUCUUUAUCCGGACGUAUCCUGGCCGCCUUCUGGUUUAUGUUCACCAUCUUCUCCAUCCUGGCGUACGCCUCCAACCUGACGGUCUUCCUCCUGGCCAGGGAGGAGGCCAAGCCCGUGAUGCCCUUCAAGAACUACCAUGACCUCGUGCAGGACGGCAACAUAGACGUGGGCGUCGUCAGGGACGGCUACGCGUUUCAGCGGCUGCGCGGAGCGCAGUCGUACAAGCACCUGGCGGACUACAUCGAGAGUCGGCAGACGUUUGUCGAGUCCGUCGACAACGGCGUCCGG